AUGGCUGGAAAUCGUUCUCUCAUGUUCCAACAGCGGAAGAAAACUACGCAGUUUGAUGAUCUACCCAGAGACUUAAAGAUUGAAAUAUUCUGUAAACUCCCAUAUAAGUAUUUGAUGCGGUGCAAGUGCGUCUCAAAAGAGUGGUUCUUUCUGAUAUCUAGGCCUAAUCCUUGUUUUCUUGGCUGGUGGACUUUUAUGUACUCUUCAUUCAACGGUAAAAGGCUUAAAUCAGCAUGCAAGGAUUCAGACUCAGUGUUCAAAUCUCAUCGAUUCUCCUUCAAUUUUCUCCCUUGCUAUCGACGCAGUAAGAAGAAAAAUAUGCAUGUUGUUCAUGCUUUGAAAGACCUGUUCUUAUGCUUUGCAACGCAUGCAGUCGGACUUGUUGAAUAUUACAUUUGCAACCCAUUAACUCAAGAGUGGAGGGCUCUUCCUCCAACCAAACAUGGUAACAAUUUUUGUGCUCAUCUUAUGUGUGAUUCUCAUGAUGGAAGCAAAAAAUUCAAGGUGCUGCAAGUACUAAGAGAAAUAUCAAGUCAUGAUAUUCUCGUGUUACAAAUAUUUUCUUCAGGGAAAUGGGUACAACAUAAUAUAAAGUUGAAAACACACUUUCGUACUCAUUUAAUAAUAAAACUUAUAGUUUGUAAUGGGACACUUUAUGCAAUAACGCGUAGUUUGCAUACUGGGAUUUUGGCAGUGGAUUUAAAUUCAUCAUCAGGUUAUCACAAUCAUGUAAUUAAGCUCCCGAAAGUUCGAUCUUUUCAACAACAUAAAAUAGGACCUUCACUGAGAGUACGCCAAGGGCGUCUAUGUGCGGUUCGCGUGGCAAUUCGUACUGUUCCUGUUUUGUAUAUUUGGGAACUAAAGAAGAAUCACAGUGUUGAGGUUGAGGGAGAUGAAUGGAAUUUGUUGCAUUGUGUUUCGUUAGCGAGAAUGAAAACAACUAUAAAUAGGGAAUGGUUCUAUAAUAUUGUCCAACGAAGAUUGCCACUUGUUGACGGAGAGUAUAACCUCUUUAAGAUUCUCGAUUUUCAUCCUAUUGACGAGAAUGUUGUCUAUUUGAGAUUACAUGGUCGUGUGGCUUCAUAUGACAUGGUGAGCAAAGUAUUGAGGUUUCAUCCCGAAUUUAAUUUUAGCGAUCAAAAGCGUUUGUUCCCGGUUGUGCUUCCAUGGUUGGCAACACCACUUCAUGAAUGGUAG